CGCUGGCCCUCCCCUGGGGAGUCGUCGCUCUCCUCUUAAUCCGCGCCUCCAUCCUGUUAUCAUUCUUCCGCCUUUUCAAUUUUCGCACCCUGCCCUGCUAGACAUAUUUCGCGACAGACUCGCAUAGUCGGUUUUCCAACGGUCGUAUCGGACCCCUCCAGUCGACGCCGGUUACACGCCCCUCCUGUGACGCCGCCGUUGGGCAUUGUUCUCCAUCCGAGCCACCUCCCCUCCCACCCCCGUGGAUCUUUCGCCGAGGAUCGCGUCGUCCGCCCGCCGAAAAUCUGGCGCGCAAAAAGUGUUGGUUCAGCAGAAUGCCUUUCUUUACUCGCGUUUUUCGCAGUAAAGACGCCAAUGCCUCCAAAAAGAAUGCCAAAACCCCCGAGGUAGAACAUAAGGGCCCCGCAAAGCCCACUUGGACCGAUGCGUGGCAGCGAACCGAAGUUGCCCCAGAGGAAGUCCAGGAGCUGUUGCACGGAUGCACUCAGGAACUGAAAGCACGAGCUCUCCAAACUCCUUUCCUCCUCCUACCAUUCCGCCCAAGCUCCGAUGCCAGCGCUGCACGCACCUUCAUCCGUAACUAUUUCAAUCAGUCCGUGGAGAAAGGGUCGCCUGUGAACGGAGAGGCCUUGGCACAAGAUCUACGACUGACCGACCCAAUCGUCAUUUGUAGUGUGUUGAAAUGGUGCUGGAGCAGACUCCCGGGUGGUGUGGUGACCUGGGAAGCUUAUGAGUUGUUCAAAGUUGGCGAACAAGACUCCCAAUUCGCGCGCGAUGCAUUCUCCACAUUCAUCCCCAUCAGUGUUGAUUCAGACGCCCGGGCCAAAAUCAUCACCGACUUCUUCGAUCUGCUCGCGGCUGUUGCGGCACAUGGUAAAUCGAAUGGUCUUGGGGGUCGCAAACUCUCUCGCUAUGCUGGAUGGUGGGCCUUCGACCACUCGGAUACAGGCAGUGGCUUCGAGGCUGCCUACAAGAACUGGGCAAGUGCGGCGGAUGCGACAAGUCAUUUGUUCUUUGCCUAUCUGCGGUCUUUGUCGCCGGACGCCCGUGGGAUCCACUCCAUCUCCGCCCUGCCUAUCGCUCUUCAGAGCCUGAUUCAGGGAACGGAAUAUCCACCAGAGACUCCCACUCUUCUCCAAGUCUCCACGACUAAAGUGGUCAUGAUUGUUGACACCGUCUCCCCGACUCCAUUUGCUCUGUUGCGGCGCGCAAAGAACUUUGAAUACAGAGACAGUGAUCGGCACCUGCAAGAAUUCGCUAGCUUCGAAGACCCUGUUGGCGCGCUCACAGACGAAUGUCUCCGCGUACUGAAAUGCAUUGCCUCGACUAACCAGUCAGCUGCGACCGAGUCGGAGACCACCGGCCGAGACGAAGCCUCCUGGUCGAGGUUCGAGAACUUCGGUUUCGGAGGUGCGCUUGACUCGGAUUCAAACAACGAUGCGAAUGCUUUCAGUUUGGCACGAAAUGAGUUCGGAAGCCUGAAAUCCGCUCCCCAGUCCGGUACUGGGGAUCUGGGCCGCCCCACGACCCCUUCGUGGGCGGACUUCAUGUCUUCGGGCUUUGGCGAUGAGACCAUUCUGAAAGGACCGGUUGGUCCCUUGCUGUUGCCGCCGGACAAGGUCCUCCCUCCUCUUUCUACCGUCCGAGGCCAAAGCUCGCAGUCGCACAAACACAGCCUGAACGACGAACCUUCAAUGGAGCCGGCUGAACUGGCGAGUAUUACCACUCUAGAUCUAGAUGACUCUUUUUGGUGGGUCUGGAUCAGUAGCCUAGCGGGUGAGGAGCCCACAAAUCGGAAAGCCGUCUUCGGACGUUGCGCGUUGCUUGAGACCAUCAUCAAAGAUACCAAGUGGCUGGUGCUGGAGGAACAGGUGAAGGGGGCCGCCCCUGAGCCCGAGCCUGGUGCAUAUAUUGUCGAGAAGAAGCGGUUCUUUGGGUUUUCGACUCGGAAGAAGGGCGUGACCCGUCGCAAGUCGUCGGCCAAGAAAGUCAAUUCGAUGGAAGACUCUUACAAACGGUCCGACAACCAGGCACCGCAAAGUAAGACAAGCAUUGCUCCGGACCAGCAUGCCCGCAUUCAGGCGGCCGCUGCUGCUCUCCAAAAGCGACACCGCGAGGAACAGGAGGCUGUCAAUGGCUCCAGAACCAAUGUUCCGCAAAAUGCUAGAUACUCCACAAAGACCAAUUCCAUUAUGACUCUGCAGCCAUCGAUCAUGAAUGAGGCAUCUCAGGCCAUGAAGUGGGCGACCAAUUAUGACAAAAACACCUACCGUACCGCCUAUCUGAGCAACAGCCUUGCGGGAACAGGUUCCCAAGCAGACGACGUGAAAGAUUCGACAGAGGACCAACCAAGCACCCCGACUUCACUGGCGCCGAGCACCACUCGUCAGGCACCCCCGCCUCUGCCAAAGGAUACCCCGGCUAGCUCUCCGAAACCUGCAGUACCCAGGAAAGAGGUUCCUGUUCACGACCAGACUCCUGCUACCAGCCGGAAUGGUAGCACCACUGCCGCAGCGGAUCUGUCGACGACGGAAUCUCUUCCCAAGCAAUCCAUGGACUCGGACGAAUCUGGGAGGAAGCUCAAGAAGAAGACCGGCAACACCGGGUUCAAGAGCAUGUUUGGGACGAUCAAGAAGAAGAGCGAGCCUGAACCCAAGCCCCCGGCGAAGAUCACACCCCCCGCGGGCUCGGCUGUUGCAGCAGCUCGUGCUGCCCUUGAGGAUAGAGCGAGAGCCGCCCAGGAGCAUCCCAUCCGUCCAGGAACCAACAACACUUUGAAGAAGAAGCCUGUACCGCUGGCGCCAGCUGCGGAGAUCACCAAGGCUCCUAUGGAGGCUUCCAAAGCUGAUGUGGAGGAGCCUGUUGUCGAGCAGAAGGAACCCGAGGUUGCUGCCGAUGCGCAACCUGCCGUGGAGGUCCCCAAAGCACCCGAAUCGCCGAACAAUAAGCCUAAGAUCCGCCGCCAAGCCGAGUACGACGCCCUGUCUCGUAUCGACACGAAAGAGCGAGCCGCUGCCGACCAAGAGUUCUCUCAAUUCGACCAAGGGCCCCUAGUGGAACAGCCGGCUUUCGUUCCUGAAUCCCCUGUCUCCGAGGAAUUCACCGAUGCCUCGGCGCAUGCUCCAGUCGACGAGCCUGUCUCUCCACCCAAACCCGCCCCAGCUGCCUAUGACCGCUGGGCCCAGAUUCGUCAGAAUGCCGCCGAGAGAGCUGCCCAGAUCGAGGCUCGCGGGGGAAAUGACUAUACCAGCGACGAAAACACCAGCGAAGAAGAGAGUUUCGAAUCCCGCGCUGCUCGCAUCAAGGCCCGCGUCGCCGAACUGACCGGCAACAUGCAAGCCGCCAGCCAGCCUUGAUCCCGCUACUACUUCUCGAUGUGACACGCUUCCGGUCUUACUGUUUUGAUAUGGCUCUGUUUUCACUCGCUCGCUCUCGCACAUAUACCUCGCCGCGCAAUCGGAUGUGAU